CGCGGCUCAUCCCAGCCAUGGUAUUAUUGUUGUAGGUGACUCAAAUCGCACAACAGUUUGAUGUUUCCAUCCAGCAGCAUCAUUUACUAAAUGCAGACAGACAGACAGACAGACAGACAGACAACAGCAUUUUCAUACGAGCGUCUUCAAUCUUCGAUUUGAGAUCUUUUCUUUUUUCCGAGUCAACAUAAUCGUUAAUUAAGCAUGAUAAACUGUCACAAAGGUUUCACUUUAUUGCCUCCAUAAGCGAUGCUGAUCGCUGAAACAAGCUUUUCAAUAUGCAGAUUUGGAAACCCCCAACCUUUUGGUCGUCAGAUCUUUUGACUCCUAUAAAAAAUUUAUCACAUUGUCCCCAGCUAACUUCUCUUUUAUCUGUUUACAUCAUUUCACAAACAAGCACUCGAUGCCUCCUAACCCCGAAAUCCCUAUCCACACCAACAGGCGGUUCUCGAUAACUGCUCUUCCGCAAGGUAUUUACCUUGGACUGGACAUUAGUCACAAUACUGGUGAUCACACGUACAACUUUGCUGUCUCUGUCCAUGAUGGAAGCUACAGCAGUGACUACUAUACGGACACAUUGCCGCUCAACCAAAAGCUUCCCUACAAGGAGCGCAUAGCUGACGCUGAGAAUAGAUUGAUUGAAGUUAUCGCCAACUUCGCUCGUGGUAACCAUUACAAGGUACAAAGCGUUGGUGUAUCACUCCAAGUGAAUGACGCCGACAGUAGAGAACUGCUGUUCAGCCCACCUAGCAUCACCAGCAAAUUAUGGUUUGAGUUGGACGCAAUACCUUUUAUCAUGGAGACAAAUGGACGCGAUAUAGACGAACGCGCUAGUUCUGCUGUUCGAAAAUCCGUUAUCUGGCUCAGCCCACAAUAUCCUGGAAAUCUACCGCGCAUCAGCGUAGGUCAUAGGCAUGUGGUCGAAGUGGAUCUCAAUGAUCAAAUCCAUAUGGUCGAUUUGGAGAACUACCAAAAUACUGUUUGCGAUGAGACUUGGCGUGUCAUCUCGGAGCUGGCAAAUGAAGUUAAAGACCGCAAACUUCGAGUUUCAUUCUUCAACUCUACACCGCAAGGUGGCGGAGUUGCAUUAAUGCGCCAUGCUCUUAUAAGAUUCUUACGGCUUAUGGGUAUCGAUGCCAAUUGGUAUGUGGCUAGACCGAAGCCAGAAAUUUUUGACAUCACCAAGCGCAAGUUCCACAAUGUCCUUCAAGGUGUUGCCGACCCCAAAGUCAGGUUAACAGAUGCUGACAAGGAAGCCUUCAUCGAAUGGUCCAAUGAGAAUGUCAACCGGUUCUGGGGUGAUCGUAGUGGGCCUCUGCAGAACUCUGACGUUAUCAUCAUCGAUGAUCCUCAAGUCUGCGGUAUCAUACCACAUAUCAAGCGUUUAGCUCCACAAACUACUCGCAUCAUCUUCCGUUCUCACAUCGAAAUCCGUGCUGACUUGAUUCGUGAUAACCCGGAUGGACCUCAAGCUUGCACUUGGAACUUCAUAUGGCAGUUCAUCAAGCAAGCCGAUUUGUUUAUAUCGCAUCCAGUAGACAACUUCAUUCCUGAUGAAGUUCCUCGUCGCAAUGUUGUCUUACUGCCUGCUGUCACUGACCCUCUAGACGGACUCAACAAAGAACUUAAUGCAAACAAUUUAAGAUACUACCGAUCUGUAUUCAACCGUGUCUGCAUGGACCAAGGUUCAAACGAAGUAGAUUGGAGCAGACCUUACAUUGUACAAGUUGCCAGAUUCGAUCCCUCUAAAGGCAUCCCCGAUGUCCUCGAGUCUUAUAGACUUUUACGUAUGCGCAUGGACAGUGACGACAGAUUUAGUGAUGAAGAUAUACCACAACUAGUUAUUUGUGGUCAUGGUAGUAUUGACGAUCCAGACGGUACUAUUGUUUACGAGCAAACUUAUGGUACCAUGGUCACCGAACCAUUCAGCCAGAUUAGCUCCGAUAUCGUUGUUGCACGCAUCCCUCCUUCCGAUCAACUUUUGAACAUCAUCCUGCGCGGAGGUUAUGUUGCACUCCAGCUCAGUCAUCGGGAAGGUUUUGAGGUCAAGGUCACUGAAGCAUUGGCAAAGGGCGUUCCAAUCAUUGCUUAUCAAGCAGGUGGUAUUCCACUUCAAAUCAUAGAAGGUGUCACCGGUAACCUUGUGCCCAUUGGAGAUGUCCAAGCCGUUGCCGACAAGUUAUUUAUCCUGUUUGAACAACCUGAAGUGCGCCAGCGGUUGGCUGAAGGGGCAGUCAAAUACCUGACUGAAGAAUAUUUUACGGUUUGGAAUGCUAUCGCAUGGCUAUUCAUGUGCAAUGAAAUCACUAGAAACACCACUGACAGUGCUGGUUUGGUGGGCGAGGAAGCCACCAGAGACCGCAAUGGCGGUCUUGGCGACAGUAAAUGGCUGCGAACAUUCUGGCAAGAGAAAUAUAACUACAAGGGUCGCAAGCACGCCAAAGAUGUUCAACUUUAGAUAUUUGCUUGCUGAACUGAUUAUUUUAUCUCAUUUUGAUUCGUGGAAUGGCCGAUCCAUUAUUCAUGUUUCCUUUUUUUUUUUUUUU